AUGUCCGAGGCUGUUCUGAGAGAUUUCCCCUCGCUCUUCUCCCUCAAGGGCAAGGUCGCCGUCGUGACUGGCGGCUCCCGCGGCCUGGGUCUGCACGCCGCCUCUGCAUUCCUGCAGGCCGGCGCCGCCAAGGUCUUCAUCUCGUCGCGCAAGGCCAAGGCGUGCGACGAGGCCGUCGCCGCCCUCCUCGCGCAGCCCAACCUCGCUCCCGGCGCCGAGGUCAUCUCCGUCCCCGCUGACUCCUCCACCCUCGCCGGCAUCAAGCAGCUGCUCGCCGCCGUCAGCGCGCACACCGACCACGUCGACAUCCUCUUCGCCAACGCUGGCGCCACCUGGGGCGCCCCCUUCGACUCGCACCCCGACGACGCCUUCGCCAAGGUCAUGGACCUCAACGUGCGGGGCGUCUUCAACGCCAUCCGCGAGUUCGCGCCGCUGCUCACGCGCCGCGCUACAGUCCGCGACCCGGCCCGCGUCAUCAUCACCUCCUCCGUCGCGGGGCUCGGCGUCGGCAGCCUCGGCGCUCACGGCACCUACGGCUACUCGGCGUCCAAGGCGGCGGUGCUGCACCUGGGGCGCAACCUGGCGGUGGAGCUCGGGCCGCGACACGUCACGGUCAACUCGCUCUGCCCGGGCUUCUUCCCGAGCAAGAUGAGCAACGGGCUGAUGGAGGCGACGGGCGGCGCGGCGGAGAUGGCCAAGGGGAACCCGAUGAGGCGCCUGGGCGAGCCGGAGGACAUUGCGGGCGCGGUGGUGUACCUAGCGAGCCGAGCGGGCGCGCACGUCAACGGCGAGACGCUGGCGGUCGACGGUGGCUCGCUCUGGCAGCGUGGCGAGAUGCUCUCUGCCAAGCUGUAG